AUGAGUACCUUACCAAACGGAGUCUCCGAAACUUCUACUAACGAAUCCUCCUCCUCGCUCUCUCCGUCUAUCCAGGAAUUGCUUGCUUCUUACCCAUCCAAGUCUGCACCCAACUCAGGUACAGGCUACCCAGGAAACCUCACUACUGAGCAACAAAAGGCAUUGGACCAAUUACGUAGUAUUCUGACAGAACUCGGAUACUCUGAUCGUCUGGACGAUGCUUCACUUCUCCGAUUUCUUCGUGCACGUAAGUUCAAUGUGGAACUAGCCAAGGAUAUGUUUGUUGCAUGCGAAAAAUGGCGCGCAGAGUUUGGAACAAACACUAUCCUCACAGAUUUCCAUUACAUGGAAAAGGCAAAGGUCGCCCAGUAUUACCCCCAAUACUAUCAUAAAACAGAUAAAGACGGCCGGCCCAUCUACAUUGAACAACUUGGGGCUGUCAAGAUUCAUGAAAUGUAUCAAAUCACUACCCAGGAACGCAUGCUUAAAAACCUGGUUUGGGAAUACGAGGCCUUUACCCAUUACAGACUCCCAGCUUGUUCCCGUCAGCAGGGUCAUUUGGUUGAAACUUCAUGUACUAUUCUUGACCUUAAGGGCAUUUCACUGACCACUGCUACCCAGGUCUAUUCUUAUAUUCGUGAAGCCUCCAACAUUGGCCAAAACUAUUACCCAGAACGUAUGGGCAAGUUUUAUGUCAUCAAUGCUCCCUUUGGUUUUUCUACUGUUUUCUCCGUCAUUAAGCGUUUCUUGGACCCCGUCACUGUUGACAAGAUCUUUGUGCUUGGUAGCAAGUACCAAUCAGAGCUUCUUAAACAGAUCCCCAUCCAAAACCUGCCCAUCAAAUUUGGAGGUAAGAGUGAAUCUGUAGGAGGUGUUGAACUUGCAGAUGAUGGACCAUGGAGAGAUUCUCAGUAUAUUGGUCCCGAGGGAAUGGCUCCUAGAUCUUCAGCUGAUACCAUUCUUAACGCUGCCGCCACUGCCACAUCUAGUACUACUACUACUGAUGCUGCUGCUGCUGCUGCUGCUGCUGCUCCUGAACCCGCCACUGCUACUGCUACUGCUCCUGCUGCUGUGCCGUUGUAA